AUGGCUUGCCAAUACUCAGCUGCUAGCUUGCCUAAACUCUCCUCUGUUUCGCUUGAAUUCAGUAAGGGUGAAAAGGUGAAUACUAUGGAGUUUCCUCGAAGUUUGUUUUCUGACGAAACGAGGCCAGAUCCUUCGAAUUCUAUAAAUUACAGCUCUACUUUCAAGACCGUGAAAGCAGUAAAAGAUGUAGUUAGUGCUGACGUGUGGGAGUAUGUUGAGAACUCUCAACUAGGGGUAAUUAUCAAGUACGUGAAUCUGAAGUUCGCAUGGACCUUAAUAUUGGUUCAUUACAUUCUGUCUAGACAACACUAUUGCAAAAAAAGACACGAGCUUUGGUUUUUGAUAGAAGAACAGCCUGCCCUUUUCUCGCUAUUUGAGUUUGAAGAUAUCACAUGUUUAAACUGUGAUCCAAUACCUGAUGCAAUGGUAGUGGAAGAUGUUGAGGAAAGUAAUCGUUUUUGGGCGCUGUUCAAACUGAGACGCUCCCGUUCAACCCCAAGCGCUGAGGACAUACUUGAACUCUGUCGAUCUCCUGAUGUUUGCAGAUCCUGGUCCAGGGAAGACCAGAUUAGGCUGUGUUAUUUGGCCAUCUUGACAGGCGGUUUACUUGCCCUUGAUCGAAGAGAAGCUAUCCCUCCUGCUAAAGCGAAGCUGCUUAUGGAUUUGGAGACUUUCGAGCAGUAUCCCUGGGGAAGAGUGGCUUUUGUUGAACUUGUAACUUGUAUGUGCACGCGAAGCUUGAAUGAAGUUCAUCCGGUUUGGAAACAACAAGAUGAGGAUCCUGAGAUUGACAAUCUUUUGGAGUUCCUUCGCCAACACAAAUCCUUGAGUACCAUUACUUGGCAAGCCUUGCCGGUUUACCCAUUCACACCGGUUAAAUGUAACAAUCGUGUUGCAAACCAAAUGAAAUCGAAGAAAUCAAAGAAGGUGGCAAGGAGCGAGCAAGAGAACACAGCAGAUGGAGGUGAAAUAUCCUCUAAUAUUGCAGAAAAUAAAGACCAAGUAGAAAGCGAUGAUGAAGGACGAGAAUACAUUAUACAACGGAGGCAGACCCCAGAGAGAUUGUUUUCUAUGGAGCGUUCAGAAGUAGGUACCGUUCAAAAACUAACAGCUAGAAUAGAAGCAUUGGAACAAAAUAAAGUUAAGCUGGAUAAGGUUCUAAAUAUGGGAUCUAGGGCGUUAAGUUUGGAAGGAAACGCGCGAUUCCCAAACCUCAGCCUCGAACCUUUGAAUAAAGAAGCAAGCAAGGAAGGAGAGAACAUGGUAAAACCAAAUAUUAAAGCCACAGAUGUGAAAGAACCAGAAAUAGGUGAAGAUAGCGACACAAGAAAAAGUCAGCCUGUGCCAAUGGAGGAAGAAGACGACAGACUGAAGUCACUUGAUGAUGCAAAGGUCGAAGCAUUUACGGGAGAUGAAGAUGAACCCCAAAAAGCUUCAUCCAACAUCAUUAAGCCAAGUAAACCCAUUAGGAGGAGUGCAAGGGUUGCUGCAUUGUCUGAAAAAAUAGAUAGUAACUACUUGGUUGUGUAUGGCCCGGUUGAUAAAUCAAAGGUUAAGGCAUUGAUCGCUUUCAUAAGAGAAAAAGGGCAUGGUAAUGGGGCCAAAGAUUGUUUGAAGAAAUUUUUGAAGCCGAGGGCUUGGUUGUCAUUCUGUGACCUUGAAGUACCCUUAGCGAUGUACAGACAAAGGUUCUCCAAAAAUCCAGAUGUAUUCAUAUCUCCAAGGAUUGCAAUACUGGACGCAGUUUUCCCAGCAUAG